AAGUUCCUGAUGUAGCGUUAAGAUGAAUCAGGUCCAGGGGGCAGGAACAUGCAGGUGUUGAUCAGGUUUUGUCCAAACAUCUGCAGCAGGAAACAUUAUGACUCAGAAAUGUUUCUUUCUUGAUGUGAUGCAGCAUCAUUGUGUUCCAGCUUCGUGUUGUAUCUUCAGUUCCUUCAGCUCUUUGUUCCACUGAAGCUCAUCAGCUUCCCUGAGGCUUCUUCUUCUCAGGAACAUCUCUGUGGUGCCACCCGUCGUUCUCCUGGUUCCUUCAUGGUGUUGUUGAAGACGUGGAAACAAACAAACCUGUUGCACAAAGAUUCAGAGUGAACGAUGGGAGAGAAGACGCUGCUGCUGCUCCUGCUCGCCGCCAGCGCCGCUCUGGAGAUGAGUGUGAUCGGCAGCCGCCAUCAUGGCCGCCAUCAUGGCGGCUCCAUGCCCGGCUCUCUGUCCAACAUCAGCAGGGACGACCGCAGCCUCCAGCAGGUCGUGCUCGCCGCCGCCUACUCCUUCAACAACCAAUCAAAUGAUGCCUUCCUCUUCAAACCGUCUGCCAUCCACCGAGCGCAGCGACAGAUCGUUAAAGGAAUUCGUUACAUCGUAGAUUUGGACAUUUCCAGAACUGUUUGUCGUAAACGAGACGACAACAACGACUUGUCGCAGUGUCGCUUCCAACCCGAAGGUCGACUGCACCAGGUGUUUCAGUGUCACUCCGUCGUUUGGGUGAUUCCCUGGAGACACGAGACAAACAUUCAGAUUUUCUUCUGUAGAAACGGAAGCUUCAGGAUCCGAUGAACCACGUGGUCACAUGGGCUCACCUGUCCGUCAUCGAGUCACGACUUUUCACCCAAUAAAAGCUGUUUGAUAAUAAUCUGUUUAUUUAAUCUACAUAAGAAUGAUGAUCUCAUUAAGGUGAAAGAUCAUUUAACUUAAUAAUUCACACAUUUAGUUUUCACAUUGUUCAUUCUAAAUCUGAAUUCAUCACUUUCAUGAUUUUAGUCAAUUUUAAGAAAAUUUUUGGACGUAACUUUUGAUUAACCUGUAAUUUUAUAAAUCACUAUAUACAUAAAAAACCCUGAUUAUUGAAUUUGUUAGUUUGUCCAUUUAAAUGAUUUCAAAUGAAAUUAUAAAUAUUCUACAAUUUGAUUGUAAAAACAUAAAAAUGUGAAGAUUUGAUCCUUUUUACAUAAAGAUGAAACUUUCAAAUAAAACAUCCUCAAGGUUUGGAGGUAAAAAAACAACAACAAAUAAACGACUCAAUGUCAACAUGUAGCUGAUGUUAGCAUGUGGUUGAUGUUAGCAUGUAGCUGAUGUUAGCAUGUAGCUGAUGUUAGCAUGUGGUUGAUGUUAGCAUGUAGCUGAUGUUAGCAUGUGAUUGAUGUUAGCAUGUAGCUGAUGUUAGCAUGUGGUUGAUGUUAGCAUGUGGUUGAUGUUAGCAUGUGGUUGAUGUUAGCAUGUAGCUGAUGUUAGCAUGUAGCUGAUGUUAGCAUGUUACCAAAAUUCAUUUGAGACAAACUGAACAAAAGAAAAAUCUGAAAAAGUCUGAAGGUGAAGAAAGUUUAAGAAUGAUCAGAUUAUCGAUUAAUAAGCGAACAGUAGUGAUUUAAUUAUCCGUUUAAUCUAAACUGAAUAAAUAACCAGGAUUAUUCUGUUUUUAUAGAAACACAUUUAUUGAUGACAGCUCUGAUCGAUCAGAUCUGAUGUCAAAACUAAAAUAAACACAAAUGUUGAGUCUGA